AUGAUUCAUCUUCCCUGCUCUGGAGACUGGUAUGGUUGCACUGCUAUCAUUUGCUCUGCGUGGUCUUUGGUUCUCGCAUCUUACACAGGCUUUUCUGAUGUAUGCUUCGGUCUGGCAUUGUCGAAUCCUGGUCUUGUGGAAAACCGACAUCCUUUUCCGUUUCGAAAUACCGUCCAAGAUGCAGUUUCGGUUCGUGAAUUCUUGAAGUCCACUGAAGAAAGAAUUCGAGACGACGAGGAGCAUAAGGACAUAGACAUCCACUUAGCUCGACCUUCGCACUGCACAUGGGAUAGAUGGUCCCAACCCCCAAUGAUUUUGGAGAUUUUUCGAAAUGAUGAGCCCAGCGUAGAAAGACAGACGAGUACUUUGGCGUUACAGUGUACCGUUGAUGGUCAUCAUCUCCAAGUCAAGGCCUCAUACGACCCAGAAUGGAUUGGAAAAGAUGAAAUCAAGAGGGCGUUGACUCAUCUGAGGAAUGCCAUCAACGGAGUGAAAAACGCCGUCUCCACAAACGGUUUAAUUCGAGAUAUCAAUCUUCUUGGUGAAGAGGAUUUGACUCAAAUCAAAAAAUGGAACGCCGAGAUGCCGGAACCGGUAAAGUGCAGUCUACACUCUGCCUUCCAAGCCACAGCCGCAGAAGUGCCAGAGAAUACCGCCAUCCAGUUUCUGGAUACAAAAAUAAAUUAUCGUGUGCUGAAUAAUAUGGCCAAUGGCCUCGCAAGGCAGCUUCUUGAGCAGGGCCUGCAGCAACCAUAUGUACCGAUCUGCUUUGAAAAAUCUAUCGAGAUGGUAGUCGCUGUAAUUGCAGUCCUAAAAGCAAACAAAGGCUUUAUACCGAUUGACCCUCGCCACCCAAAGGACCAAAUCAAUCAUAUGUUGGACGCAACGGCGUCUUCCCUGGUUCUUGUCUCGCCAAGCUGCAAUGCAAUUUUUGACGGUUCGAGACAGACGUAUACGGUCACGGCAGAAGCCCUAUCUGCAAUGGACGAGAAUCUUACUCGCCCUCUGGACUUGGAAACCUCUCAUACACAGCCAGCCUAUGCAUUAUUCACAUCUGGCAGUACUGGUACACCAAAGGGAGUCGUGGUUGAACAUCAAAAUAUAACAACGGCUCUUGUCCAUUUAGGGCGGAGAUUCGAUCUAAACACUGAUACUAAAAUGUUUCAGUACACGUCAUAUACUUUCGAUCCCUCUAUCUUGGAGAUAUUCGGGACUCUCCUCUAUGGCGGCUGUGUCUGCAUCCCGUCAGAAGAAGAAAGACUCAAUCAUAUUUGUCAGGCAGUUUCCAGAAUGGAUGUGAACACCGCCAUAUUUGUGCCCAGCGUUCUAAAGACUUUGCGCCCGGAAGAAAUACCGAAAGUGAAGAAGAUCAUCAUAGGAGGAGAGAAUUUGCCAUCUUACCUAGUCAAGUCCUGGAAAGAUCGGAACCUAAUUAAUGCGUAUGGCCCAACUGAGACUUGCAUAGCCUCUGUCGCCAAUCUGCAAGUGACCGACGCGUCUUUUGGAAAUAACAUUGGUCGGCCCAUCGCAUGUCGAGCUUGGAUUGUGAACCCACAAAACCCCUCCCGCUUACUUGCCAUUGGAUGCGUUGGUGAGUUAGUGAUCGAGGGUCCAACUGUUGCCCGCGGCUAUCUGAACGCGACCAAGAAUCCCGAAGCACCCUCCAUGUCCCCCUCUUUUGAGCUGUCGGUUGCAGAUAGUGGUCAGAAAGUUUACCGAACCGGUGAUUUAGUUCGCUAUCUUCCCGACGGUCGGCUGCAAUACAUUGGCAGAACGAAUCAACAAGUCAAGUAUCAUGGGCAGUGGCUCGAGCUUGGAGCCAUUGAAACUGUGCUCAGACACUGCGGAGCAAUGAAUGACUGUGUUGCUUUGGUCACUGAAAUCCAAAGUUUUACAUCUUUGGUGGCUUUUGUAGUCCUCUUGUCUACUCCGAAUGACCCACUCUGCGAACUCGUCAAUGUGAACCACAAAGUGAAAGCUCAUCUUGAUUCGAUCUGGGGAAGACUAUACGAAAAAAUGUCCCCGCCCACGAUGCCGAAAUACGUCGUUCCAGUAACCAGCCUUCCUCGGCAGACGACAGGAAAAGUUGAUGUGGCGUAUCUGACGAGACUCCUGGAGACCACGGAUUGCGAUCAUUACUUGUGCCGCUCUGUAGAGCUCGAAGACAAUCAUAUCAAGCCGACAAAGCAUGAUAUAAUCAUGCGACAGCUUUGGGGAAGUGUUCUUAGUCGGGACGACACGCGCAUCAAGACAAUCGACAACUUCCUGCAUCUCGGUGGCAAUUCCAUCAGAGCCAUGGAAUUAGUAGGCGCCGCAUAUCGAGCUGGGCUACACUUGAAUGUGCAAACAAUCCUUCGCCAUCCAAUACUGCGGGAUAUGGCGAUCGCACAGGUCUUAUUAAUGAAAGACAAGAAAGGUUCAUCUACCUUUCCGAAUCCAACAGUUGUUGAUAAUUCCAUACUCAACAAAUCUACCCAAACUUGCCGCGCCAUGAAAUCUUACGAAGCGACACCUAUCCAGGCGCUGUGUCUGACAAUGGGGCACUUGUUCCCCGAAGGAAAUUACACUCGUCUUAUCUACCAAGCUGAUGGGACAGUUUACUUGGCGCAACUUGAAAAAGCAUGCAAGCUUCUGGUUGAGAGGACAGAGAUUCUGAGGACAGAGUUCUCUAUAUUCACAGACCCGCAGAGGAUAUUAGGAAUUCCCGCUGAUAUAUCCGACCCUCAAAUCCUCUACUUUGAUGCACUUUCGAGCGCAGAGGCACAUUGGAAAGACUUCAAAACAAGCUACCUUGACCAAAGCAUGGGGGAGUUCUGCUUUGUUGUCUCCGAGAAGAACCAAGUAAGCCAUUUCUCGCUCGGACUUCAUCACAGUCAGUUCGAUGCGUGGUCCAUGAGGCUUCUCUUGCAACAGCUGCGUGACCUGUACGACGGUGGCCUGCCUGAUCCCGGGCCACCAUUCUCCGAAUUCGCACAACAUUUAUCACUGGCCUCUACUGGGCAUAUCUCUGAGUCCUUCUGGAGGGGCAAGUUGGAUGGUUCAAGACCUACAGUAAUUGGCUCAGGGUCGCCCAUAUCUGACUUACCAGAUGGCUGCUGCCGGAAAAAUAUUGAUAUCUCCUUGCUAUGCGGUGAAUUUACAUUUGCGGUCAUUUUGUACGCAUCAUGGGCUCUGAGUCUCUAUAGACUCAGCGGAGACCCUGAAGCUACGUUUUUCAGUCUCGUCGGCGGAAGGAACUUGGCCUUCGAUGGCUCUGCCGAUGUUAUUGGACCUUGCCUCAACGUGGUUCCAACUCGCGUGAAUUUGGAGACGUGUGUAAUAUACAGGGAUGUCCUCGAGGCCGUACAAACAUGGAUGCUGGACUGUAUUCCAUAUGAAAAUUUACCAAUGAAUGAGAUCAUCAAUCGCUGCACUUCAUGGGACCCAACCGCAAUUAUUGGAAGCAUGAUUCAGCACUUGGAUAUCAACAUUGAAUCCGAAGAAACUGAAAGGCUAAUGGGACCGUGGAGAAUGUUGAGAACGGAAAGACAGUUUGGGCAAUGUAUUGGUGUUGAUGUCUAUCUUACAUCUAUGUCCCAGCCGGAUGGCUCGGUAGAGCUUGACAUGAAGUACAAUGCAUCUCGCAUCAACUCAGAGGUCGCAAACGAUUUGUUUGGUAAUUUGGUCAGCAACAUUAACAAAAUUUUGACCAACCCAAACCAAAGCUCAAGAAUGUGA